AUAAUCAUAUUAUCCGACGAGAAGAGCCUAAGCACAAGAGAAAAGCUAAGUCACCUGAUUCCUCUUGCUAUAUAUUAAUAUACUCCCUAACAAUAUGCACAAUGAAAUUAUUAAUACUUUUGUCUUCUAAACCCCGCAUGUGCACAUAUACUAUUUAAACCCUCUGCCCAUUUCAAAAGACUGCAGACAAUAACCAUUACUCCCGUGAAAGUUUCCAAUAUAAAUGUUGUUUUCAGGUUCCAUUUUCGUUGAUCAAAUGAUGUCGAAUUCAUCAAUAUUGAAAAUCAAGUUUGGAUUUUGAACCCAAAUAUAAAAAUUCAUCGAAACAAAUCAGUAGAUACAACAAUGAAUAUCAAGUUUGAAGUUGGCACCCAAAUAUAUAAGUAUAAUUCAUGGAAACAAAUUAGUAGAUCAAGUCAUUGUUUUCAUCUCCCUAAGAAAGUCACAGAGAAAAUGGAAUCUUUUCCACCUCCCAUGACUGCUGAAAACAAUGCAGUGCACAAAUAUACCAAGUGCAAACUGUGCGGCAGAUGCAGAUCUUGUGGGAUCCUUUACAUAUAAAAAUAGAGCCCGCUUUGACUAACCAGAAGCUUGUGCUUUUUUAAUACUCCUUGUGCAUUAUGAUAAUCUAAGGUGCAGUGCAACAACAACAUACCAGUUCAUGUUGAUGAUUGCAAGCUUAGUUUCUUACCUAGUAACAACACGAAACAGUUGAGACUCCCUCAGCACAUGCACUGCAUAUCACCGACCAACGCCACCAGGGACCGACCUUUGAUUCGUUUCGCUAAUUUUAAUGUUUCCAGCCGACUAGAUUAUCAGAUGACAGUGAAUCUAGUGUUUAUACAUUAGGAGUUCUCCUCGUUUCUGCUAUAAAUAUGUCACCAGUUACGAUAACUGCUUAUAACAACCUAUUUCUAAUCUCGACUUAGACAGAUAAUGGCAAUGAGCAUCAAUGUCUCCCCUUCAUUGGCCUUGUCUGUUCUGGGUCCGCUUUGCGCUCUCAUCAUGGUGUUGAUUCAUAGAGAGAGUAUGAGGCGUAGAAGCAAGAAGAAGCUACCACCUGGUGAAAUGGGACUUCCUUGGAUUGGUGAAACAAUUGAGUUUUAUAAAUCACAGCAGAAGAAUCGGUUGUAUGAGGAAUUUGUCCAGCCUCGUGUGGCCAAACAUGGGAAAAUUUUCAAGACAAGAUUGAUGGGAUCACCAACUGUGGUUGUCAAUGGAGCUGAAGCUAAUCGCUUCUUUAUGUCUAAUGAGUUUAAGCUAGUUAUAAGCUCGUGGCCAUCUUCAUCCGUGCAACUCAUGGGGAAAAACUCCAUUAUGGAGAAACAAGGGGAGGCGCACAGGCUCCUACGCGGGGUCAUCUCAGCAACUCUUGGCCCAGCAGGGCUAGAGGGUAUAGUGCCAGAAGUCUGCAAGUCAGUAAAGCUUCACCUGGAGAAGCACUGGCGUAACUCCGAAACAAUCAGUCUCUACCGUAGCACCAAAGUGUUGACGUUUACUAUUGUGUUCGAGUGCUUGUUAGGCAUUGUGGUGGAGCCUGGAAUGUUAGAGAUGUUUGAAAGAGUUCUGGAAGGCGUUUUUGCCCCAGCAAUCAGUUUCCCAGGCUCCAAGUUUUCAAGGGCGAAGAAUGCACGAAUGGAGAUACAGAAGAUGUUGGUUGAUAUCGUGAGAAGCAAAAGAGAGGAAAUGGAAAGAAGGCCAGAAAGUGGGCAGGAAGAAGGAAUGCUACUUUCACAGUUAGUGGCUGGACUAAUAAAAGGUGAGAUAAGUGAAGAAGAAGUUGUUGACAAUGUGGUUUUGCUGGUAUUUGCUGCUCAUGAUACCACGUCAUUUGCAAUUGCAACAACGUUCAAAAUGUUGGCUCAACAUCCAAAUUGUUACUCUAUUCUACUUCAAGAACAUGUAAAUAUUAUGAGCAACAAAAGCCAUGGUGAAACUUUGACACUGGAUGACAUGAAAAAGAUGACGUAUACCUGGCAAGUUGCACGCGAAAGCAUGAGACUUUUCCCUCCAAUUUUUGGCUCAUUCCGAAAAGCAGUGUCUGAUAUUGAAUAUGAAGGAUUUACAAUUCCGCGAGGAUGGAAGAUUCUGUGGACUGCAUAUGGAACCCAUUUUAAUCAAGAGUACUUCCCGGAACCCAUGGAAUUUAAUCCAAGUAGAUUUGAUGCGCCUAUUCAGCCAUAUGCAUACCUACCUUUUGGUGGAGGACCAAGGUUGUGUGCAGGUCAUCAACUGGCAAAAAUUAACAUCCUGAUAUUUGUUCAUUAUGUUGUAAUGCAAUAUGACUGGUCACUACUGAACCCCAAUGAACCAGUUAUUAUGGAUCCUCUUCCUAUACCGUCACAAGGAAUGCCAGUUAAAAUAUCUCCUAAGCUAAACUAAGUUCCACAAGAAGUAAAUGUUGGCGCUCUAACAGGGUUAUAAACUUUCAAUCUCUACAAGUAACCACAUGGCAUACUGGACAGGGAUGUAUACCUCCCUUCAACUUUAGGUAUUAGUAAUCUUGGUAGAAGGAAUCUAGUAUGCAAACUUUUGUACUCUAACCUGUGUAACUUACCGGAGCAGAUUAACAAUGUUACAUGUCGAAUAUUUCUAGUAUUUAAUAUAUUCUCCAGUAUAUAGAAAAAUGCCAUUCCUUUCAACAACUUGACCACA